AGUCACUCAAGCUUGCUUGGUCAAAGCCCUCAGAUUGACGUUGACAUCUGUGAGGGGUUUGUCUACAAAUAGAGCUUCUGCGAUCGCCUUCUGACACAUGAACCAAAACUGUUCUCAGGACCGCUUCGACACUGUCAACCCAGCCUAUAAGUCAGCGUUUAUGGAGCUCUCGAGUACACCCGUGUCUCAUGGAUAUAAUUCCUACAAUCCUGUUUCUGCAAACUACAAUCCGUACUCUGUUCGGUACUACCAUGGACCAGCUGCUCCCGAGUAUGGACUACCGUGUAAUACAAGAAACAGUUUUCCAAUGCAAAUGUUGAACCACCAUCCACUAUCUCAUCACCCUUACUUAUCAGCAGCACCUCUGCAGCCAUAUCCAGGAAGCCACGAUCUCAUUCAUGAAGAUAAAGACCAAUGUGACGAGCCUAGACUGAAUGGCAAAGGCAAAAAGGUUCGCAAGCCUCGCACUAUUUAUUCCAGCUUUCAACUGAGGGAACUGAACAAGAGGUUUCAAAAGACACAGUAUUUGGCUUUGCCCGAUAGAGCAGACCUUGCUGCAUAUCUUGGACUUACUCAAACUCAAGUCAAAAUCUGGUUCCAGAAUCGGAGAUCCAAAUUCAAGAAGACCCUAAAAGUGGUACAAGACAACCAGACCAAUGGCAUCAAAGAAGAAAACACGUCAGAUGGACAGCCAUCGUCUUCUCCAACUUGGUCAGUCAGCAACGCAACAAAAGAUCCAAGUGUCAUAACGAUGGUUAACAACAAACCACUUCAGCAACAUACUCCUCAAACAGUCGAUCCCUGGAGCAUACCUUCAUCCGGCAUAAAAGGUUAUACCUCAAAUGCUUUAUCACAUCCUUCGAUGAUGAAUUAAGGAAGAUUAUUUAGAGAGACAAACUUUAAUUACUUAGACGUGUUUAAGAAUGAUAUAGAGACUGUAAGGUAUGCAAUCUCAAGAAUAUAUCAAAUACACACACAUUAUAUAUUGCUAGAUUAUUAGAACAAAAAGGUAUUGGAAUCUUGUAUUCUCGACAGACAGUACAGCCAUAAGGAGAUUACUUUCAAGAUUUCUAAGAUCAGAAAAUCAAAGCAUUGUUAAGGGCAGUCGGAUACAGAGUAAGUUUUUUCAGCCGACUGAGUUAACCCAGCUGACUGCAUAUAGUAGGUCUUCGUCGUCAAAAUCUAACCGUAUCAAAACUAAACUCAGUCAACAAUACGAGUAUGAAAAUCGAGUUGACAAAGUAUGAAAUCAAAUCAAAUAUUUAAAAACUGUAUAGAGAUCAUCAUUCUUUAUAUCAUCAUUCCGAUUUUAAUGAGCAUUUCCUGUAAGUUAUACGAGAAUUAAACCAACAUGUUCUUAAAUGCCGAAAAUUAGUUAAAAUGGACUUAGGAAAAAAAAUUCCUGUAUAUACUGAAUUAUUAUUUAACUCUAUGCAACCGAAUUUUGCUCUCGUUCUCGGAAGAUAACGCAUUGCAUAAAUAUAUUAGUGAACAACUGGAAAUUAGCCUACUUUUACCGCUUGGAACAACUUUAUUUCUCUUGUUGAGAAAAGAAAAUGUAUAUAAAUACUUAAUAAAGCUUCAACUGAAAGUUAUAA